UUACUAUUGCACCAAGCUAUCAAUGACUGCACAAUGACAAGUUCAAGUGAAGGAGAAAUUUUACAAACAUCACAAAUUAUCAGAGAACGUUGGAAAAUUAAGGCUAAAGUUGGAGGAGGAGGUUUUGGUGAAAUAUACGAGGCUACCGAUCUCCAGAAUCGUAAUGAACGUGUUGCAGUAAAGGUUGAAUCUAGUAAAGCGACAAAACAGGUUCUCAAGAUGGAGGUCGCUGUUCUCAGAAGGCUUCAAGGAAAACGACAUGCAUGUAAAUUUUAUGGAUGUGGACGAAAUGAUAAAUUCAAUUAUUUAGUGAUGAGCCUUCAGGGGAAAAAUUUAGCGGAUCUAAGGAGAGAAUCACCUAAGCAGUCAUUUUCUUUAUCAACAACUAUUCGGCUUGGAAUUCAAAUAUUGAAUGCAAUUAGAGAGAUCCAUUCCAUUGGUUUUUUGCAUCGGGAUAUUAAACCUUCGAAUUUCUCUAUGGGUCGUACUCCAUUAACUAUGAGACAGGUUUAUAUGUUAGACUUUGGCUUGGCUAGGCAAUUUUUGAAUGCAAAAGGUGAAAUAAGAACUCCACGAAGUGCUGCUGGUUUCAGAGGAACAGUACGAUAUGCAGCUGUUUCUGCUCACAAGAAUAAGGAUUUAAGUUGA